GCCUCGCUCGCCCUCAGCCGCCGCCUCCUGCUCUUGCUGCUUCCCCUCGCCCUCUCCGUGCCGAGGCCGGGCGCUGGGUCGGCUGCCGGGUGGGCGGCUGCUUCGGGAGACUCUAGAUUCGGGCGGCGGCGCUUGGCCAUGUCGUGUCGGGGAAGGUAAUGAGCCGCAGAGCCCCGGGGUCUCGGCUGAGUAGCGGCGGCGGCGGCACCAAGUAUCCACGGAGCUGGAAUGACUGGCAACCCAGAACUGAUAGUGCAUCAGCCGACCCAGAUAAUUUAAAAUACUCUUCAUCCAGAGAUCGGGGCACUUCUGCCUCGUAUGGACUACAACCUUCAAAUUCAGCUGUGGUGUCUCGUCAACGGCACGAUGAUAUCAGAGUCCAUACUGACAUACAAAAUGACGAAAAAGGUGGCUACAGUGUCAAUGGAGGAUCUGGGGAAAAUACUUAUGGUCGGAAGUCGUUGGGGCAAGAGCUGAGAGUUAACAAUGUGACCAACCCUGAUUUCACCAGUAUUCAGCAUGGAAAUCGUGCUUUAGCCACAAAAGACAUGAGGAAAUCACAGGAGCGAUCGUUGUCUUACUCUGAUGAGUCUCGACUGUCAAAUCUUCUUCGGAGGAUUACCCGGGAAGAUGACAGAGACCGAAGACUGGCUACUGUAAAGCAAUUGAAAGAAUUCAUUCAGCAACCAGAAAAUAAGCUGGUACUAGUUAAGCAGCUAGAUAAUAUCUUGGCAGCUAUACAUGAUGUACUUAAUGAGAGUAGCAAAUUACUUCAAGAAUUGAGACAGGAGGGAGCUUACUCUCUUGGCCUUCUUUGCGCUUCUCUAAGCUACGAGGCUGAGAAAAUCUUCAAAUGGAUUUUUAGCAAAUUUAGCUCAUCUGCAAAAGAUGAAGUUAAACUUCUUUACUUAUGUGCCACCUACAAAGCACUAGAGACUGUGGGAGAAAAGAAGGCUUUUUCAUCUGUAAUGCAGCUUGUAAUGACCAGCCUACAGACCAUUCUAGAAAAUGUGGAUACACCAGAACUACUCUGCAAAUGUGUGAAGUGCAUACUUUUGGUGGCUCGAUGUUACCCUCAUAUUUUCAGCACAAAUUUUAGGGAUACGGUUGAUAUAUUAGUUGGAUGGCAUAUAGAUCAUACUCAGAAACCUUCUCUGACUCAGCAGGUGUCUGGAUGGUUACAGAGUCUGGAGCCGUUCUGGGUAGCUGAUCUUGCAUUUUCUACCACUCUUCUUGGUCAGUUUCUAGAGGAUAUGGAGGCUUAUGCUGAGGACCUCGGCCACGUAGCCUCUGGAGAGUCAGUAGAUGAAGAUAUUCCUCCUCCAUCAGUAUCAUUACCAAAAUUAGCAGCACUUCUUCGGGUAUUCAGUACUGUGGUCAGAAGUAUUGGGGAGCGCUUCAGCCCAAUCAGAGGUCCUCCAAUUACUGAAGCAUAUGUAACAGAUGUACUAUACAGAGUAAUGAGAUGUGUUACAGCAGCGAACCAAGUAUUUUUUUCUGAGGCAGUUUUGACAGCUGCCAAUGAGUGUGUUGGUGUUUUGCUUGGUAGCCUAGACCCUAGCAUGACUAUACAUUGUGACAUGGUCAUCACAUACGGAUUAGAUCAGUUGGAGAAUUGCCAGACUUGUGGUACAGAUUAUAUCAUCUCAGUCUUGAAUUUGCUCACAUUGAUUGUUGAACAGAUAAAUACAAAAUUACCAUCAUCAUUCGUAGAAAAACUGUUUAUACCAGCGUCUAAACUACUACUUCUGCGUUAUCAUAAAGAAAAAGAGGUUGUUGCUGUAGCUCAUGCCGUAUAUCAAGCUGUACUCAGCCUGAAGAAUAUUCCUGUUUUGGAGACUGCCUACAGGUUAAUUUUGGGAGAAAUGACCUGUGCACUGAACAACCUCCUGCAUAACCUACAACUUCCUGAAGCCUGUUCUGAAAUCCAACAUGAUGCUUUUAAGAACCAUGUGUUCAAUGUAGACAAUGCAAAAUUUGUAGUUAUAUUUGACCUCAGUGCAUUAACCACAAUUGGAAAUGCCAAAAACUCACUGAUUGGGAUGUGGGCACUGUCUCCAACAGUCUUUGCGCUACUGAGUAAGAAUCUGAUGAUUGUGCAUGGUGACCUGGCUGUCCAUUUCCCUGCUAUUCAGUAUGCAGUUCUCUACACCUUGUAUUCACAUUGUACCAGGCAUGAUCACUUUAUAUCUAGUAGUCUUAGCUCUUCGUCACCAUCAUUAUUUGAUGGAGCAGUAAUCAGUACUGUAACAACAGCCACAAAGAAGCAUUUCUCAAUCAUACUAAACCUCUUGGGAAUAUUACUAAAGAAAGAUAACCUUAAUCAGGAUACCAGGAAACUGCUAAUGACUUGGGCUUUGGAAGUUGCUGUUCUAAUGAAAAAGUCUGAAACAUAUGCACCUUUAUUCUCUCUUCCAUCUUUCCAUAAGUUUUGCAAAGGACUUCUAGCAAACACUCUUCUUGAAGAUGUGAAUAUCUGUCUUCAAGCAUGUAGUAGCCUACAUGCCUUAUCAUCUUCCUUGCCUGAUGACCUUUUACAAAGGUGUGUUGAUGUAUGUCGUGUCCAGCUAGUCCACAGUGGAACUCGUAUUCGACAGGCCUUUGGAAAACUGUUGAAAUCUAUUCCUUUGGAUGUUGUCCUGAGCAAUAGCAACCACACAGAAAUACAAGAAAUUUCUUUAGCCAUAAGAAGUCAUAUGAGCAAAGCCCCAAGUAAUACGUUCCAUCCACAAGAUUUCUCUGAUGUCAUUAGUUUUAUUUUAUAUGGGAAUUCUCAUAGAACUGGGAAGGACAAUUGGUUAGAGAGAUUGUUCUACAGUUGCCAGAGGUUAGAUAAGCGUGACCAAUCAACUAUUCCACGAAACCUUCUAAAGACAGAUGCUGUUCUUUGGCAGUGGGCUAUUUGGGAAGCAGCCCAGUUCACUGUUCUUUCUAAGUUAAGAACCCCACUGGGGAGAGCACAAGAUACGUUCCAGACAAUUGAAGGAAUCAUUAGAAGUCUUGCAGCCCACACGUUAAACCCUGAUCAAGAUGUUAGCCAGUGGACAACAGCAGACAAUGAUGAAGGACAUAGUAGCAACCAACUUAGACUUGUUCUUCUUCUGCAAUACUUAGAAAAUCUGGAAAAACUAAUGUAUAAUGCAUAUGAAGGAUGUGCCAAUGCACUUACGUCACCUCCUAAGGUCAUCAGGACGUUUUUCUAUACAAAUCGCCAGACUUGUCAAGAUUGGCUGACGCGGAUUAGACUUUCCAUCAUGAGAGUUGGACUGUUGGCAGGUCAGCCUGCGGUGACUGUAAGGCAUGGCUUUGAUUUGCUUACUGAAAUGAAGGCCAAUAAUAUAUCUCAGGGAAAUGAAUUGGAAGUAACAAUUAUGAUGGUAGUAGAAGCACUGUGUGAGCUCCAUUGUCCUGAAGCUAUACAAGGACUAGCUGUGUGGUCGUCUUCAGUUGCUGGAAAGAAUCUUGUCUGGAUCAACUCAGUGGCACAACAGGCAGAAGGAAGGUUUGAAAAGGCAACCAUUGAAUACCAGGAGCACUUGUGUGCCAUGACAGGUGUAGAUUGCAGCAUAACUGGGUUUGAUAAAUCUGUCUUGAAGUUGGCCAACUCAAAUAGUAAUAAUGCCAGUCCAAAGCAUUCUCUGAAUGGUGAAGCUAGAAAAACUGUCCUGGCUAAACCAAGUGAUUCUUCCCCUGAGGUUAUAAAUUACUUGGGUAAUAAAGCCUGUGAGUGCUAUAUCUCAAUUGCUGAUUGGGCUGCUGUACAGGAAUGGCAGAAUGCUGUCCAUGACUUGAAGAAAAGCACAAGUAGUACUUCCCUCAACUUAAAAGCUGACUUCAACUACAUAAGGUCACUAAGCAGCUUUGAGUCUGGAGAAUUUAUUGAAUGUACUGAACAGUUAGAAUUAUUACCAGGAGAAAACAUUAACCUGCUUACUGGAGGAUCUAAAGAAAAAAUAGAUAUGAAAAAGCUCCUUCCUAACAUGUUAAGUCCAGAUCCGAGGGAACUUCAGAAAUCCAUUGAAGUUCAGUUGUUAAGAAGUUCUGUUUGUUUGGCAACUGCUGUGAAUCAUAUAGAACAGGAACAGAAGUGGCAGUCUAUAACUGAAAAUGUUGUGAAAUAUUUGAAGCAAACGUCACGUAUAGCUAUUGGACCCCUGAGGCUCUCUACUCUAACUGUUUCACAGUCUUUGCCAGUUUUAAGUACUCUACAACUGUAUUGUUCAUCUGCUUUGGAGAACACUGUGUCAAACAGGCUUUCAACAGAGGACUGUUUAAUUCCACUUUUUAGUGAAGCUUUGCGUUCAUGUAAGCAACAUGACGUAAGACCAUGGAUGCAUGCGCUAAGAUAUACUGUGUAUCAGAGUCAGUUACUUGAAAAAAUUAAAGAACAAACUGUUCCAAUUAGAAGUCACCUUAUGGAACUGGGUCUAACAGCAGCAAAAUUUGCCAGAAAACGGGGAAAUGUAGCACUGGCCACAAGAUUGCUUGCACAAUGUAGUGAAGUCCAAUUGGGAAAAACUACUACUGCCCAAGAUUUAGUCCAGUAUUUUAAAAAAUUGUCAACACAAGGCCAGGUAGAUGAAAAAUGGGGACCUGAGCUUGAUAUAGAAAAAACCAAACUGUUAUAUACAGCAGGUCAGUCAACACAUGCGAUGGAAAUGUUGAGUUCUUGUGCCAUAGCCUUUUGCAAGUCUGCCAAAGCGGAAUAUGCAGUAGCUAAAUCAAUUCUGACCCUGGCUAAAUGGAUCCAAGCAGAAUGGAAAGAAAUUUCAGGGCAGUUGAAACAGGUAUACAGAGCCCAACAACAACAGAAUUUCACAGGUCUUUCUACUCUGUCUAAAAACAUUCAUACGUUGAUUGCACUACCAUCUGUCAAUUCAAUAGAAGAGGAAUAUCCCCGGAUUGAGAGUGAAUCUACAGUAAAUAUUGGAGUUGGAGAACCUGACUUCAUAUUGGGGCAGUUGUAUCACCUCUCUUCAGUCCAAGCACCAGAAGUUGCCAAAUCUUGGGCAGCACUGGCUAGUUGGGCAUACAGAUGGGGCAGAAAGGUGGUUGAUAAUGCCAGUCAAGGAGAAGGUGUCCGUCUACUACCCAGAGAGAAGUCUGAGGUGCAGAAUCUACUUCCAGAAAACAUAGCUGAAGAAGAUAAAGAAAAAAUAUAUGGCAUUCUUGGUCAGGCUGUCUGCCGGCCAGCUGGACUUCAGGAUGAAGAUAUAACACUUCAGAUAACUGAGAGUGAAGACAAUGAAGAAGAUGAUAUGGUUGAUGUCAUCUGGCGCCAGUUAUUGGCAAGCUGCCCAUGGCUUUCAGAUCUUGAUGAAAAUGCAACAGAGGGACUAAUUAAAGUGUGGCGAAAAGUUGUAGAUAGAAUCUUUAGCCUCUACAAACUGUCCUGUAGUGCAUAUUUUACUUUCCUUAAACUCAAUGCUGGACAGAUUCCUCUGGAUGAAGAUGAUCCCAGAUUGCAUUUAAGUAAUAGGUCUGAACAGAGUACUGAUGAUGUUAUUGUAAUGGCAACAUUGAGGUUAUUGAGAUUACUUGUUAAACAUGCUGGAGAACUUAGACAAUAUCUGGAACAUGGCUUGGAAACAACACCCACUGCUCCAUGGAGAGGUAUUAUUCCACAGCUUUUCUCCCGUUUAAACCACCCCGAAGUAUAUGUUCGCCAAAGUAUUUGUAACCUACUCUGUCGAGUGGCUCAAGACUCCCCUCACCUUAUAUUGUAUCCUGCAAUAGUGGGUACUAUUUCACUUAGUACUGAAUCCCAGUCUUCAGGGAACAAACUUCCUUCUGCAAUUCCUACCUUGCUAGGCAAUAUUCAAGGUGAAGAAUUAUUAGGUGCUGAAUGUGAGGGAGGAAGUCCCCCAGCUUCUCAAGACAGUAAUAAGGAUGAGCCUAAAAAUGGCUUGAAUGAAGACCAAGCUAUGAUGCAAGAUUGCUACAGCAAAAUUGUUGAUAAGCUAUCUUCAGCAAACCCAACAAUGGUGUUACAGGUCCAAAUGCUAGUUGCAGAGCUUCGCAGGGUUACUGUUCUUUGGGAUGAGCUUUGGUUAGGAGUUCUGCUGCAACAGCACAUGUAUGUCUUGAGACGGAUUCAGCAACUAGAGGAUGAAGUGAAAAGAGUCCAAAACAACAACACCUUACGCAAAGAGGAAAAAAUCGCUAUCAUGCGUGAGAAGCACACUGCUUUGAUGAAACCCAUUGUAUUUGCUUUGGAGCAUGUACGGAGCAUCACAGCCGCUCCUGCAGAAACCCCUCAUGAAAAAUGGUUUCAGGACAACUAUGGUGAUGCAAUUGAAAAUGCCCUAGAAAAAUUAAAGAAUCCAUCAAAUCCUGCAAAGCCAGGAAGCAGCUGGAUCCCUUUUAAAGAGGUGAUGCUAAGUUUACAGCAGAGAGCGCAAAAACGUGCUAGUUACAUCUUACGUCUUGAAGAAAUUAGUCCUUGGUUGGCUGCCAUGACUAACACUGAAAUUGCCCUUCCUGGAGAAGUGUCUGCCAGAGAUACAGUUACAAUUCACAGUGUUGGUGGUACCAUCACAAUCUUGCCUACUAAAACCAAACCAAAGAAACUUCUCUUUCUAGGUUCAGAUGGGAAGAACUACCCUUAUCUUUUCAAAGGACUAGAAGAUUUGCACCUAGAUGAGAGAAUUAUGCAAUUCUUGUCUAUUGUGAAUACUAUGUUUGCUACAAUUAAUCGUCAAGAGACACCUCGUUUCCAUGCUAGACAUUAUUCUGUGACACCACUUGGAACCAGGUCAGGUCUCAUCCAGUGGGUGGAUGGAGCCACACCUUUGUUUGGUCUUUACAAACGAUGGCAACAGCGAGAAGCUGCCUUACAAGCACAAAAGGCUCAAGAUUCUUACCAAACUCCUCAAAAUCCUGGAAUAGUGCCCCGACCAAGUGAACUUUAUUACAGUAAAAUUGGACCUGCCUUAAAAGCAGUUGGGCUUAGUCUCGAUGUCUCUCGUCGUGAUUGGCCUCUCAAUGUGAUGAAGGCUGUGUUAGAAGAGCUAAUGGAGGCAACACCACCAAAUCUUCUGGCUAAGGAGCUCUGGUCAUCUUGUACCACCCCUGAUGAAUGGUGGAGGGUUACACAGUCAUAUGCAAGAUCUACCGCAGUCAUGUCUAUGGUUGGAUACAUAAUUGGCCUUGGAGAUAGACAUCUGGAUAAUGUUCUUAUAGACAUGACUACAGGAGAAGUUGUUCACAUAGAUUAUAAUGUUUGCUUUGAAAAAGGUAAAAGCCUUAGAGUUCCUGAAAAGGUACCUUUCCGCAUGACACACAACAUUGAAACAGCGCUGGGUGUGACUGGAGUAGAAGGAGUUUUCAGGCUUUCUUGUGAGCAGGUUCUGCACAUCAUGAGACGUGGAAGAGAGACUUUGCUUACGUUACUGGAAGCAUUUGUGUAUGAUCCACUGGUAGACUGGACAGCUGGGGGAGAAGCAGGAUUUGCUGGAGCUGUCUACGGUGGUGGUGGCCAACAAGCUGAAAACAAACAAAGUAAAAGGGAGAUGGAGAGAGACAUUACCCGAAGCCUUUUCUCUUCCAGAGUGGCUGAAAUUAAGGUAAACUGGUUUAAGAAUAGGGAUGAAAUGCUGGUUGUGCUUCCCAAGCUAGACAGCAGUUUAGAAGAGUAUCUGAACUUGCAAGAACAACUGACAGAUGUUGAAAAAUUGCAAGGCAAACUCCUUGAGGAGAUUGAAUUCCUGGAAGGAGCUGAAGGAGCUGAUCAUCCUUCUCACACUCUACAGCACAGGUAUUCUGAACAUACACAGCUGCAGACUCAGCAAAGAGCUGUUCAGGAAGCAAUCCAGGUGAAACUGAAUGAAUUUGAACAGUGGAUAACACAUUACCAGGCUGCAUUUAAUAAUUUAGAAGCAACACAACUCGCAAGUCUUCUCCAAGAGAUUAGCACACAAAUGGACCUUGGUCCUCCAAGCUAUGUACCAGCAACAGCUUUUCUUCAGAAUGCUGGUCAAGCACAUUUGAUUAGCCAGUGUGAACAGCUGGAAGGAGAGGUUGGUGCUCUUCUGCAGCAGAGGCGGUCAGUAUUAAGAGGAUGUCUUGAGCAGCUGCAUCACUAUGCAACUGUAGCUCUGCAAUACCCAAAAGCGAUAUUUCAGAAGCACCGAAUCGAACAGUGGAAGACUUGGAUGGAAGAGCUUAUAUGUAAUACAACAAUUGAGCGCUGUCAGGAAUUAUACAGAAAAUAUGAAAUGCAGUAUGCUCCCCAGCCACCUCCAACAGUGUGCCAGUUCAUAACUGCCACAGAAAUGACUCUUCAGCGCUAUGCUGCAGACAUAAAUAGCCGGCUUAUCAGACAAGUGGAGAGACUGAAGCAAGAAGCCGUUACUGUGCCAGUUUGUGAAGAACAAUUGAAAGAAAUUGAACGUUGUAUUAAAGUUUUUCUACAUGAAAAUGGAGAAGAAGGGUCUUUGAGCCUAGCUAGUGUUAUUAUUUCUGCCCUUUGCACCCUUACAAGGCGUAAUCUGAUGAUGGAAGGUGCUGCAUCUAGUGCUGGAGAACAGCUUGUUGAUCUCACUUCCCGGGAUGGAGCCUGGUUCUUAGAGGAACUAUGUAGUAUGAGUGGAAAUGUUACAUGUCUUGUUCAGUUAUUGAAGCAGUGCCAUCUGGUCCCACAGGACUUAGAUAUUCCUAAUCCAGUGGAAGCAUCUGAGGCAGUUCACUUAGCUAAUGGAGUAUAUACUUCACUUCAGGAAUUGAACUCCAACUUCCGGCAAAUAAUAUUUCCAGAAGCACUUAGAUGUUUAAUGAAAGGAGAAUAUACAUUAGAAAGUAUGCUUCAUGAACUGGACACUCUUAUUGAACAAACAACUGAUGGAGUUCCUUUACAGACAUUAGUUGAGUCUCUUCAAGCCUAUUUAAGAAAUGCAGCCAUGGGGUUAGAAGAAGAAACACAUGCUCAUUAUAUAGAUGUUGCAAGGAUACUGCAUGCUCAGUAUGGUGAAUUGAUUCAACCAAGAAAUGGUUCAGUUGAUGAAACCCCCAAAAUGUCAGCUGGUCAAAUGCUUUUAGUUGCUUUUGAUGGAAUGUUUGCCCAAGUUGAAACUGCUUUUGGCUUAUUAAUUGAAAAGUUAAAUAAGAUGGAAAUACCAGUAGCUUGGCGUAAGAUUGACAUUAUAAGGGAAGCCAGGAGUACACAAGUUAAUUUUUUUGAUGAUGAUAAUCACCGCCAAGUACUAGAAGAAAUUUUCUUUUUAAAACGAUUGCAGACAAUUAAAGAAUUCUUCAGACUCUGUGGUACUUUUUCGAAAACAUUGUCAGGGUCAAGUUCACUUGAAGACCAGAAUACUGUAAAUGGACCUGUACAGAUUGUCAAUGUAAAAACACUUUUCAGAAACUCUUGUUUUAGUGAAGACCAAAUGGCAAAGCCAAUAAAGGCAUUUACAGCAGACUUUGUGAGACAGUUAUUAAUUGGACUCCCAAAUCAGGCCUUGGGACUUACCCUUUGCAGUUUCAUCAGUGCUCUAGGUGUAGAUAUAAUUGCUCAAGUAGAAGCAAAAGACUUCGGCGCUGAAAGCAAAGUUUCAGUCGAUGAUUUGUGUAAGAAAGCAGUGGAACAUAACAUCCAAAUUGGGAAGUUUUCUCAGCUGGUUAUGAACAGGGCAACAGUACUAGCCAGUUCAUACGACACUGCUUGGAAGAAACAUGACUUAGUUCGAAGACUAGAAACUAGUAUUUCAUCUUGUAAGACAAGCCUCCAGAGAGUGCAGCUGCAUAUUGCCAUGUUUCAGUGGCAGCAUGAAGAUCUUCUUAUUAGUCGACCACAGGCCAUGUCAGUUACACCUCCACCUCGUUCUGCUAUUUUAACCAGCAUGAAAAAGAAACUCCAUACACUCAGUCAGAUCGAAACUUCAAUUGCAGCAGUGCAGGAGAAAUUAGCAGCACUUGAAGCCAGUAUUGAACAGCGUUUGAAAUGGGCGGGAGGGGCCAAUCCUGCACUGGCCCCAGUCUUGCAAGAUUUUGAAGCAACAAUUGCUGAAAGAAGGAAUCUUGUCCUAAAAGAAAGCCAAAGAGCGAGUCAGGUAACUUUCCUCUGCAGCAAUAUUAUCCAUUUUGAAAGUUUAAGAACUAGAACUGCAGAAGCCUUAAACCUGGAUGCUUCAUUAUUUGAACUUAUCAAACGCUGUCAGCAAAUGUGUUCAUUUGCCUCACAGUUUAACAGUUCUGUUUCUGAGUUAGAGCUUCGUUUACUACAAAGAGUGGGUACUAAUCUUGAACAUGCUAUUGGCAGCUCUGAGUGGCUUUUAUCAGCACACAACCAACUGAGUCAGGACAUGUCUACUCAAAGGGUGGUUCAGACAGAGAAAGAGCAACAGGUAGAAACUGUCUGUGAAACAAUCCAGAACUUGGUUGAUAAUAUUAAGACAGUUCUCACUGGUCACAACAGGCAACUUGGAGAUGUCAAGCAUCUACUAAAAGCAAUGGCCAAGGAUGAAGAAGCUGCACUGGCGGAUGGUGACGAUAUUCCUUAUGAAAACAGUGUCAGGCAGUUCUUAGGGGAAUACAAGUCAUGGCAAGACAACAUUCAGACAGUGUUGUUUACAUUAGUACAAGCUAUGGGUCAAGUGCGCAGUCAGGAGCAUGUUGAAAUGCUGCAGGAAAUAACUCCCACCUUGAAAGAUCUGAAGACACAAAGUCAGAGCAUCUACAAUAAUCUAGUGAGUUUUGCAUCACCCCUAGUCACAGAUGCAACAAAUGAAUGUUCAAGUCCAACAUCAUCUGCUCCCUAUCAGCCAACCUUUGCUGCAGCAGUACGAAGCAACACUGGCCAGAAGACUCAGCCUGAAGUUAUGUCACAGAAUGCAAGAAAAGCGAUUCAGAAAAAUCUUGCUACAUCAGCAGAUACUCCACCGAGCACAGCCCCAGGAACAGGCAAGAGUGUUGCUUGUAGUCCUAAAAAGGCAGUCAGAGAUCCUAAGACUGGAAAAGCUGUGCAGGAAAGAAACUCAUACGCAGUGAGUGUGUGGAAGAGGGUCAAAGCCAAGUUAGAGGGCCGAGAUGUCGAUCCUAACAGAAGGAUGUCUGUUGCUGAACAGGUUGACUAUGUGAUUAAGGAAGCAACUAAUCUAGAUAACUUGGCUCAGCUGUAUGAAGGUUGGACAGCCUGGGUAUGAAUGGGAAAACUGCAGAUCAGUCUGGUUAAGCGAGGUCAGACAUCUACCAGAAUCAACUCGGCCUCAGGCAUCCAUAGCCACACCACAGUCGGUGGUGGUGCAUACUGGGGCUUAAUCUGAGGAAACCUAGGAAAUCUCGGUGCACUAGGAAGUGAAUCCUGCAAGAUAGCUGCACUCAGGGAUACACUAAACACAAUGGUCUGCAACCCCAGGGUCAAGGGUGAAAGUUCACCGCCUGAACACCACGAUUGUCUUUCUGCUACGGAACAGCUGCAAACGUGUCAGGAGGUUAGCUGCAGAAAGAAAUCCGAAUGCUACAGAGUGCAGAGUGAUUUGGAACUCCAUUCCACCUGACCCUGUGUGUACAAUCCAGGAAAUACCAAAGCCCGUUCAAAGAGAAACAGAAAACUGGGGCCAUGAAGAAAUCACAGCAAAGGAAGAUUUGAUGCGUUCAGAUUCUUGUGUUACACUUGUUGUGUGGUAGCAGUACUGGUUGGGUUGACCAGUAAGUUUGGAAAAAAAAAAAAGGCUACGCACUAUGAACUUCAGAAACGGACUGAAAGCAGAGAGCUGUAUAACAGAUACACUGCAGUGGAAGAACUUCUGAAAUGAAGAAAAAGUCUGGGUUUCCCCCUUCCCCCUGUCUUUUCCUUGCUCCUCCUUUCCCUGUCCCACCCCCCCCCUCCCCUGCCCAUCCUACUCCUUCCCCUUUUGCCUAGUCUAGUAGAUUAGCCAUAUUUCAAAUAAACUUUUAUUUCAAUCCUUGUAUUUCACGUACUUCAGUCUCAAUAUUGUUAACCUAGAUUCUUUUUGAUAAAUGGACAUUUCUCCAAAAGCACUGAAAACAUUGAAAAUUCAAGGAUUACUUAAAGGUUGAAUGAUCACAUACAAAAUGUAAUUCUGGUUAAGUCAUUUCUGUGAUUCUAUCAUGUACAGUUUCCCAAAUUGUCACUGUGCAUUUAAAGGUAAUUAAUCUAAAAGGCGUUUGAUUUAAUGUAUACUUCUCUCUGCUGUUGCAGAGUAAGUAGGGGGGGUGGUAGGGGUGAGUCAUUCAGAAUUUCCCCACAAAGCUCAUUCUACCUUGAUUGCUGUAGUUUCUUUCAUAAAAGAGUAGCCAAUCCAAUGUAAUCUUUUACCUUUUUUAAAAACCAGGAUAGAAUAUCUAGUAGAGUUUUACAUUGUUGAUGACAGAUGAACAAUAAAGUGAUGUUCUGGUGGAGGUAGAGUGAUAUGUUCUUUUAAUUCAGUUUCCUCAUUUGAUACUUUUAAUUUGCAAAAUUAAAAUUCUUUAGUUCAUGUGGUGUAUUAGGACUUUUUCAUGUAACACUAGUAAGAGGAACCACCAACAUUUUGUUCAGUUAAAUAUUAAAGUUUUAGUGUGUGAAGUAUUUUACUUUAUAUAGCAUGAUUUUGAUAGAUUCAGUAAUACAUGACAGUGAACUCAUGAUCAAGGUUUCCUUAAAUUUAGCAUUGCAUUUUAAUACUGAAGUCUUAUUCAGUAAACCAGAAUCCUGGCCAGAAUAGGAAUUUUCAAAUCACGUCUUAAUGAAAGCAAAACAAGAUUAAAACCUGACCUCCAGAACAGUUUUCAAAUUCUUGGUAAAUUUUUGGACAGAGUUCACUUUCCAAUUUUCACAAAUUCGAAGUGUUAAGAAAAAUUCCAUAUACUUAGUAGCUUUUUGUAUUUUCUGAUUGUUUCAUUACUCUUAUUUGAUUCCCAUGAGAUAAUGCAUUUCAUUAUAGAUGCCUUAACACUUUGCUGUGUAUUGCAAGAAAGAUGGCAUUUGAAUAUCCCUGUGCCUAACAAAAGAUCCUGUCACAAUUUUUUACUUUGUUUAUGGUGAACCUUAUUUUAAUAAAAUGUAAGCUGGAAUAGUAAUGCCAUAAUGCAUUUUGCAUGCUGCUGUUUUCUAGAAGCUGUGAGAAUUUAUUUCAUCUCACAUGGACCUCCUAGUAUCCAAAAAUGAAGCUGCUUUUUCUUUGUGUUAUCGAAAUGAAAAAAUAUCCCUGCUUUUUUUUUUUUAAGCAUAACAAGCCCAAAUCAGCUCCUAGGUGUAGUAUUCAGAAAUGGCUUCUUGUUUAGUUAAGAAAGGUUAAUAGAAAAUUCCAAGACAUAUCAGACUUCACAGGUGCCUUGGCACUUUAUCCCAGCUAAUACAGUGAAACACCUUUACUAUGAAAAAUAGCACCCAUACACAUCUAGUAAAUUACCCAUGCAUAACCUUUGACAAAAUGGUCCUUUCAAUGUUUGAGGUAACACCAUCAAAACAAGAAAUGUUUUGUUUUCCGAACAUUAAAUUGUGACUCCAAAUGUAUAUUGACAUUUAUUGCAUAGUAGCUUGAUUUCCUCAUGGAAUUUAAAUUGCAGUUUUAGAUUGCUAUAAGAAUAUUUACCAGUAUCUUCAAGACAUGCAUAGGUUCAAGAGACACUGAUGUUGUAGCAGAUCAGAUAGAGCUGUAGGUUUCAUGUUAGUAAAAUGUAAAGAUAAAGCAGCUAUGAAAUCAUAAUUAGUAACAGACAAAAUAUGGAAAAUAAAGUCAUUUGGGUUUUUUUUUUUUAGCGAUUCAGGUUGACAACGUCCAAGCAGCUAUUUUUCUUUUCUCUCAAGGCUCAAUUAUCCUUAGUGUUAUGAAUGUUGUCUAAGUCAUUGGAAUUUUUGUUUUGAGAAAUGUUUGCCUGAUAAAGCUCUGGAGGUAUACUAGUUUGUGAAGUACCUAUAGCAGUUUCACUGGUCUGUUUAAUGUGUCUGUCCCAUUGUGUUCAUGACCAGUUCUUAUACAGCUUUCUUGAUGGUUAGGUUAUUUGGGUGACAGUAUUAAGAGUCUCUAGAUUUGAUCUUAUGGUCUUCAUGCAUAGUUUUCCUUUCUCUGUAGGGACUGAGAGUUUAGGUAGAACUGUUGAUCCACUAUCACAACCCAAGUCUUAAAUUCUUUACUAGCUUUCAGAUGCCAAAGUUUAAGACUGAAAUUUAAGAUAAAGAAAGUAAUCUAGCACUCCCAAUUAACCCUGUCUCUCCACCUUCUUGUUAUACUCUAAAUGGUUUUCCAUUGUUGUGUUACCUGCAUUGUAGGGGUUUUCUCCAGUGUUUGGUUGGUCAAAUCUGUAAAAUUUUAAGGAAAGAGCCAUUUAAAAUUUCUGAUCAGGGCAGUGUGAGUACAGCCAAAUAUUAAGAGUUUUAAGUGCAAUCUAAAUACCUUCUUAAGUUAUAGACAGUACUUUAAUUCUGAGAAUUCUUCCCCCUUCCACUUUCCUCAGCAUUUAUGUAAUUAUUUUUGAAGGUUACUUAUUUGAGUAGCACCCAAACGGAACUGGUUCCUUUUCUGUGCUCUUCUUGGCAGUUUCCUUCCUUUGGGGACAUAAACUACAAUUCAGCCAAUUUCUUCAAGCCUAAUUGAGCUGCUCAUUCAAACGAAAAUGACAAAUUAUUUACUAUUAUCACCCUUAAAUGUUUUUUACGUGAAAUUAGAUGAAUAUUAAAAUCAGUGACCUUCCAUUUCUCACUUGGCUUACACAUUAUCAAUAAAACUAAAUUAGGAUAUUUUAUUUUCCUUAGGCUUUAAAGGUAGAAUAUUGUUAACAUUCAGUGAAAGAGCGUGGCUUAUGCUUUGAUGUUUCCAGUUAGGAAAAAAAAAGACAUGGUAGCUUAUCUAGAUAAGGUAAAUUUUUUUUUCAAGAGAUAGGAUGGAAAAGAAAUUUACCAUACUAUGAAGUUGUGUGGGUUUUGUUGCACUUUUCCUGCUCCUUAGACCCGUAUUGGGAAUAGCAACAUUUCAAUUUCAUUAACAGACAAAAAGUGCAGAACACUUGGCCGAGGCCAAGAGAAUCUCUCAUUUAAAACAGUGGAUUGUAAAACAAGCAGACUGUAGAUCAAUUGGUUUUCCGUACUCAAUUGUGUGGGUUUAUUAAGGAAAAACUGUUGUACUAAUAAUGUAAAAAUGUAAUGCAGUUGUUAGAUGUAUUUUCAAAAGUGGUGAAUAGUAAAAGAAUUGCAUGUUGCUCAGAAAUACAGAGUUGUGGAAAGAUGCUUUGUUUUUAUUUUUUUAAAAAAAACAGGCCAAUUUAAAUAUAAGCGCAUAUUUUUACAACAUUCAAACCUCAAAUGUUUUGUUCAACAAUUAUACCCCUCAUUACUUUUUUCUGGUGUGAAACACUUUUCUUUCUCUACCACUUGUAAUGGUAAUCAGAAUAUGUGACAUGAAUAAUUUCUCCAUUUACCAUUAUUAUGAGGGCAAAUAAUUUAAAAUGAAUCUUCCUUUUCUUAACAGAACUGUAUAAAAGGAAGUGGUUGCUCUGUACAAAGGUUGUAUUGCCUCCCCAAUGGAAAUAUUUUGUGAGUGUAUCACACCAGCUUCCUGAAAAUGUUAAUAAUGCAUCUUUUGAAAAAAAAAUUUACAAGCAAACUUUGUGCAUACAUUGCAUAAAUAUGGCAAAGAUUGUGUAAAAUACCUUUUUCAAGAAAUAAAGGUUUAAACUCAA